UAAAUGACAAGGAGCAGCCUACUGUCGAAUCAACAUAUGAUAGCCAUGGACGAGCAGAUAAUCACACAAAAGGAAAACGAAGAGGGGAUUAUUUCACCAUCAUCAACCACUCAAGUUGCACACACCAGUGCCACUCACACCGCCCCAUCAAAAUCCAACAGCGACAAGACACGCACUCUCACCCUCAUUCGACCGCAACAACAUCCCCAUCACCGAUCAGGUCAUCCCAACUCGGAAUCGUACUCGGGAUCCACACUUCCCCGUCGUAUUCAACAUAUUACCCGUAUACACAUAAUAUCCCUCCCCCCUCCAUCCAACACUUCCCCAUCCCCCCCGUCCACAUGUCCAAACUCUAAUUUGCUUGACCCCCUGGCCUCCAUGUCUUCUUUUGCGAGAUUGACCGCGAAUCAUGCAUCUUCCAAGUGGAAGAGAGUUCUUCCAAGGCUCACGUUAUCAUAG